AGAGACAAGCGACGAUCGGCCGAGAGACGCGGUUCUUCGACGCGCGAGUGUGUGUACCCCGGCCAGGAACAUGGUCCGACCCAGCACCCCAGGGCUGACGACGUUUCAUCGGCCUGAGCGGAAUUAGGCCAUGGCCUUUCUGAUUACGGCUUGGACCACCCUGCUGUGGCUAGCCUCAGCUACUGGAUUAGACCCCACACUAUCCGCAGGUUCUCUCUCUCUACCUGGUCAAUCCAUCGACCUGUUGCGUGCCUUGGGAUUGCCCAACAACAGUUGGGAAGGUGUUACGUUGAGGGAUGGUCCUAAACCCCAGCCUAGGUGGGCUUACCAACUACAAGGGGAUAACAGGGACUUGAAACUACCACCAUCAUCAUUUAGGCAGGUUUCCGACCUUCUACGUGGGUCACCGGAAUUUACAGUAUUCGUUAGGCUGAAACAAGAACCUGGUAACACUGGUACAAUUUUUUCCUUUGCACACGGAUUAAAUAGGUACUUGGAGCUCCAGUCCAGCGGCAGGAAGAACGAGAUCCGCCUCCACUACACCGUCAAGGCUGACGCCAAGGUGCACGUGGAAACCUUCAAGCACUGCCUGGCGGACGACCGGUGGCACGACGUGGCGGUGUCAGUGAGCGGGCCGCAGGUGGAGCUUUUUGUGGACUGCCGGUCGUUGUUUAAACGGGGUCUGGCGGCCGGGGCACCAGACAGGAAUUUUUCGGAGCCGACCCAGCUCUGGAUCGGACAGAGGAACAGCCGGUCGUAUCAUUUCAAGGGCCUGAUGCACGAGGUACGGUUGAUUGGGCGGCCGUUCGGUUACCUGGAGUCUUGUCCGGACCUGGACACUCAUUGUCCCACUUGUGGACAGUUUUUCCUGUUGCAGAAUACCGUCCACGAGCUGACGAGACAUCUUAAGGAUCUUUCCGAAAGGUUGGUGGCAGCUGAAAGCAGAAUCACCGAAGUUGAACAGUGUGAUUGCCAUAAGUCCUGCUACAAUAACGAUUCAAUUUAUGCUGACGGGGCCAAAUGGCAGAAUGGUUGCGAUCUAUGUUCUUGUGUGCAUGGGGACGUGAAGUGCCAUCCUGUGAAAUGUCCUGAGCCGACUUGCAAACAUCCUGUAGUCAAACAAGGAGAAUGUUGCCAGUCCUGUCUAAAAAACUGUUUUUUUCUCAACCAAUUCUUCGAUCAUGGGGAGGUGGUGACUUUCAAGAAGUGUGUGGAUUGCCGGUGCGAUGAUGGAGUCAUGAUAUGCGAUAAAGUUAACCCAGUGACUGAUUGCCCCAAACUGAAUUGCCCUCCAGAGAAGCAAUUCAGUGUACCUGAUCAUUGCUGCAAAUUCUGUCCAGAUGUAGACGAAUGCCAGCAAGAAGGCGGUCUCGAAGGUCACCACUGUCACCAGAAUACCAAGUGUGUGAACACACCUGGAUCCUAUAUAUGUGAAUGUUUGCCUGGCUACAGGCGAAUAGACAAGUUCAACUGCGCCGAAUUAGACGAGUGUAGUAGUGGCGAACACAACUGUGAUGUGAAUGCCGAGUGUAUAAACACCAAAGGGAGUUAUCAUUGCGUGUGCAAGGAAGGCUACAGUGGAGAUGGUUACUCAUGUCAACCUGUGUGUAAUCAAAAAUGUCUCAACGGUGGCGCUUGUAGUAGCCCAGGUAGAUGCGCAUGCGCCAAUGGCUACACAGGAAAUAGCUGUGAACUCGAUUUGGACGAGUGCGCAACUAACUCCCAUAGAUGUACAAAUUCUUCUGAAUGUGUAAAUAUGAUUGGAUGGUAUUAUUGCCAAUGUAAAGAAGGAUUCAAUAACUCUUAUAUAGACAAUAAUUUAGGAACUAAAUGUUUAGAUAUUAAUGAGUGUAACAGUGACCUUCACACUUGCCACCCUUCUGCUCAAUGUAUAAAUACCAAUGGAGGGUUUCGAUGUGAAUGUCCACCUACCAGACCCAGCUGCAGGUUGAGUUGCAUGUUCGAAGACAAAGAAGUCCUCCAUGGAGUGUCUGUGCUCCCGAAGAACGAUCCCUGCAAAUCUUGCACCUGUGAUAAGGGCGUCAUGACAUGCGCAAAACCAAAAUGCGAUUGUAGCCUACCAGGUAGCGGGGAGAAUCCUUGUUGUCCCCAGUGCAACACCAAGCACGCUUGCAGACACCAAGAGCUGCCCGAGGUGAUCCUGAAACACGGAGAGCAGUGGUCCUACCAGUGUCAGAACUGCGAGUGCUUGUACGGAGAGAUAGACUGCUGGAACAUGAAAUGUCCUCCCCUGCUUUGCGACAACCCAGUUCUCAACCCCGAGGAUUGCUGUCCCCACUGCGAGAACCCUUGCUCGAUGGGCACGGGCAACGCCUCUUCUCCGGGACAGCCUUGUCCGUUCGCGGGGAAAAUUUACGAAUCCGGGGCGCAUAUCAUCGAUCCCAAAGAUCCCUGUACGGCCUGCGACUGUAAGGACGGAAUCCUUUGCUGUAGCUAUACUUUCAAUUGUGGUGACGAUCCGCGGCCAGUUGGAUACGACGGAGUGGUGGCGCCUAAAGACGAGACUGCGAACAGUGCUAGUGCGCCGACUGACGUUGCUAAACAAUCUAGUGUCCUUCGAUUGGCUACUAAUAGUGCUGGGUUCUAUAUCAGUGACUCGAGGGGUAACGAAACGCAGGGGGUGCCGCCAGGGGGCUGAGGACGCCCCUGAUAGGACCGGUCUUACAUUCCUUGACACUUGUGAGCCGACGUGAGGGAGACGCGCAUGCGCUUGAGGCUCUCCGCGUUUCGAGUGUCUUCCUAGAUGCGUAGGGGGGAUAAUAGUCUCUCUGCUCUCGCUUCUACAGCUUGCAUUCGUUAUGUUGUACUCGAACAUGAUGGUCGGACGCAUUAUGGGCUACUACAAUGUCUCGUUUUAUACUUAAAUGUUUAUCGAUAGGUAUAUGUAGCACUGCGGACCCAGACCAUUGUAUUGUAUACUCGUCGAAUGUCUUCACCCCUACGAAAUUGAUAAUCCGGUCAAGUUAAACAUCCGAGGUUACAAAAAUCCGCAGCGAGCUGAAAGUUGGUAGGAUUGUUCAAAAUAUCAUCAUACAUGAAAUCUAGAAAGUCCUCAUCGAUCCGACACCUGGAAAAAAAUUUACUAGGUGUCAAAGGUCACAAAAACGGUUUUUUCGCGAUUUUCAGCAAAAUGGUGAGUUCAAUCAUAAAAUUAGCAGAGACAAAAAUUGUAGAUCAGAUACUUAUCUAUAAAAUAUGUUCGAUUACUUUUUUCCUUAGAGCCAUCGUUUUUGAGAUAUAACGAUUCGAAAAGUUCAAAGAGUUCUGUAAUCAUCAUAUGCACACGUUUCCACGCCACCUUUGAGGUAGUGUACUUAGCACCAUAAAAGUCCACGACGGGAAAGUACCUGUCGACCCUGUAUUGUUGUUUCAACGAAUGAGUAUUACUGCGACAUUUCGAGAUGAAAUUGAAAAAUAUUUUGACUAUAUGAGUUGGCUCCUUACCCAUUAUCAUUGUUUGAUGACAAUGGCAUGCGUAAAACACAGAAAUCUGCCUUUUACGGUUGUUUUC